GUCCUUUGUAAAAUCCAUCAACUUCUCUCAAUCGUGAUAUCCAGCAACGUUCAGGCAUCGCCUUAGCGGUUUCACAAAAAUCAGCAAUCAUCAUUCGCGAAAAUUCUAGAGAAGUACCGAGACUUGCGCGUGGUAGGUCUCCCCUUCCUCCGUCGGGGCUUACGCAACGUGACGUUAUCGACAAAAUCCCUCGUUGCUGUUUUCCUCAGCGCAGUCAGUUCGACUCAGUUCCGAAGUGAAUAAUCAAGUGAACACACGUGAAAUUUUCAUCAAGCCCUUUGAUUACACCCAAAUUACCAAACAUGCCACGACGAGGACGUGCAUCUGGGCCUCCCCCAAGAACGGUUAGGCCAUCAGCUCCAGCUCGUGCUGCCCCCGCAGCUCAUCCUCCAGCACCAGUCGCGGCCCCGGCAGCUAGUCCAAUGGUGGCAGCGGCGCCCCAGGGUCCUGGACUGAUGGGUCAAAUGGCAGCCACUGCUGGUGGUGUCGCCAUUGGAUCCGCAGUCGGGCACACCAUUGGACAUGCCAUGACUGGGCUCUUCAGCGGUGGCUCAUCAGAGCCAGCAGCAGCUGCUGCACCAGCUCCAGUGGCACAACAGAGCAUGCAAGCUCCUCCUCAAGCUGGGGGGGCCUGCGCCUGGGAGAUCAAACAAUUCCUCGAGUGCGCUCAGCACCAGUCUGAUCUCACACUCUGCGAGGGCUUCAAUGAGGCUCUACGACAGUGCAAGAGCGCUAAUCAUAUGUAAAUCCUUGUGUAGAUGAUUUCGUAACUUAUCCACCAUUGAAUCCUGUAUUUUUCUGUCUUUGCGUUUAAAUGUUCGAUGAAGUCGACGAAGUAUUGAUCCAAUCAGUUCAUGUAAUAGAAAAUUGAGGGAAGUGAAUAAAAAAUUAGCUAAAUCUAAA